CAAGCAGGCACCAGGCGCCUCAGAAGGGCAGAAGGGCAUGAGAAGGGACGUCAGCAGCAAUGAAGUCGUCGUCAGAGAUCCGUAGCCAUUUUGGCUCAAGCGUAUCACAUCCUACUCAUCCAGUCCCUUGUUGGUGCUGCCAAGUCUUGCGAGCCCGUAGCGCCGACCACUUGCGGCGGCGCCCAGAACAGCCAUGCGACAGGCCGGCCCGCUCCCGCUCCUGCCCCUUGCCUGCCUGUUCCGCGCGGGAUCCGCGGCUCGGUCUUCGGAGGAUCUUGGCGCACUCGAGGCGGACAGCGCAGUCGGCCUCGCCAGCGACGGCGAAGAGUGGCGCAUCUGCAACCCAUUCUCUUCGGAGGUGACGCGCAGGUACUACUUCCAGUCCGUGGAGGAGGACGGCGACCCCACGGCCAUCGAGUUCGUGCGCGACAAGCGCUCUCCGGCGCUGAUCUUCCACAAGCACAGCGAGUGGACCGCGAAGUAUGAAAAGCACAUCGAGACUAAGAGCGGCCCCAACGGCAUCCCGACCAUAUCGAAGGAGUACCGGUCCACGUGGCUGCCGGCGAGUCCUCCGGGCUCCGAGAGGCCUGCAGAAAGGUCGACGCUGCUCCUGGGGGAGAGGUUUGUGGAGUACGUCCGGUGUGUUCCAGUGACCACCCCCGACGGGACGAAGUCGUGCAUCUUGGAGGUCAAGGGCCAGGGCAAGAAGAGCGAGCUCCUCGGGGGCAUGUACUUCCCAGACUUUCUGGCCAGGCAGGCUCUGCGGCACUUCAAGAACGGCAGGGCGGGCGAGGAGCUCCUGGCCCCAGACCCCGAUUGCACCUCGGAGAGCUCCUCGGAGACCGACUGCCAGCUGCGCGUCGCCGCAACGGUGGAAGCUGCACUGGCGGACGAGAGCUUCGACUCCAGCGGCUGGAAGUUCAAGGACAUUCGGAACGCUAAGAUCGGUGCCAUCAUGGGUGGCGGGUUCAUCAUCGGCGGGGUCGUGGGGGGCCCCAUCGGCGCGGUGGUGGGAGGGGGGCUCUCCUCCGCCGCGGUGGGCGUGACCUCGCUGUACAAGUACCUCAUCCGGCAGAAGGACAUGGACCUGAGCGCGAGCGAGAAGAUCUUCGAGAAGCUCCGCUGCAUGAGCAUCUUCAAGACCUGCAGCGGAGACGUCCUCGUCCCGAAGAGCAGGUCGUGCCCGGAGCUCUGAACCUGCAGCCCCCCUGCACGGGAGAGAGGCGGGCAAGGCCCCGCGACGUGGGCCAACGCUGCGGGCACCCCGUCGGUCCUGGCAGCUGGAGGAGGAGGAGAGGAGGUGGUGGAGGAGGAGCUUGUCGAUCGCACUCCCCGCCUGGGAAUCUCACCCGGCCCCGGGUGUAGUCCCGCAGCUGUCCAGGGCCCAGCCCCUCCGCUCGGAGGGGGGCCGCCCACGCCACCGCGGGACAGGCUCAUCAAUCACCGAGCGCCGCCACUAAGUCAUGAAUCGUAACUCCCCCUUGGCGGAUCCAGGCCAUUUGCGAGUAGUUACUGUGCGAGUAGUGGAACGCGUUUGUCUAAUCAAGGACGCCGAGGCGACGCCGCCUUUUUCCCUGCCGCGGCACUCUGACGGGCCACCGUGCGCCGGGCGUGGCACAACGCUGAGGCAACAAAAAAAUGAAGUCAUAGUCAAAGAGGCAGAUUUGGAGUGUCGACCACGAUACGUGCGUAGAGCUUUUUGGUCUGGGCUACAUGCCAGAAAAAAAAGAGAGGUGAGGUCAUUAGACGAUGUUCUGCGGCUAUCGGCGUACUGCAGGUGCUUGAGGUGAAUCUCGU